CACAAAACCGGGUCAGGGGACCGCAGGCGCGGAAUCUAAGCGUAACUCAUAACACUAAAUGUAUCGUAAAGCGAUCGUUACCCCGCUUCUGGAAUAGCUCACUAAGAAUGCUUGUGUAACUUUUGAACGGAAUUGAUGUUGUAUGUGGUUGAUUUCUCUUUAGAAACCGAAUCUCAUAAAUGUGGAAGCAUUAGGAAGAGAUGAAACAAGUCUUUUCUCAUGUGCUGCACAGCCAGACAAGCUGUCACCAACAGAAAGAUAACGCCAUGUCGAAUCAUAGGACUUCGUUAAAGAACUCAAAGAAGAAGUAAUCUGACAAUAGUCGUCUAGCCUAGCUUUUGAAAAACAUGACAAACGUAACAUCGGUACCCAACGCCAAUACCCAAUCUCCAUAAAAUUACCAACUACAAUUUAUAGAAAACAAAUGAACUAAACAAAAAGCCAAAAUGAACCGCGACUAUUACAAAGUGUCGUACACGAGCAACCGCAUGCCGACCAUCUCCGACGAUGUCCUCGACAACGUCGUCGACACAGAGUUCAACGCGAACCAGUUCAAGUUGUUCGACGACUUCACGACGGACCUGAGGAUCCACUUCAACUCCAGCAGCUUCCGUAGGAGAGGCGACCCGAACGACUCAGGCGUUGAUAUGGAGAACGGGAAUCCGAUGGAUGACGCCAAUGAUACUGAUUUGUUGGAGAACGAAGUGAUGGUAGACCCCUGGAGCAGCAUGGACUCUUCAAAUUCGCCGUUAACUGACUCCGUACCAUCAGCCAGCGAUGACUGCACCCCGUCCACCUCCAGCGAGCCGCCGCGGAGUUCGCAGGAUCCUUCCCCUCUGUCUCCCGAAGCGCGCCGCCCUAUCGACUCAAAACACCCCAAACUCCCUCAGACUCUACCCCCCAGAACGGACAAAGCGCGCUCUCGGGACCUCACACUAGCCCUGGAUUCCGACCCGCUCCCUCGCCGGCACUUCCUCGACGACGAUUACCAGAACCCCUCCAAAUCUAACAUCGAAUGUCGGAUCCCCAAACCACAUUUCCUCGACCACUCGCCAUCGCCCGAUGAAUUUGACGAGCGCAGCGACAUCACCAACCCCAACUUCCUCGACGACGAAGCCGAGGACGACCAAGCGCAAAAGAAAGCCGGCGCCCUCCCCAAGAAAACCACAAAGACUCCCACACAUUUACCUCAAGAAGAACGACCGCAUAGGACUAGUUACCGGAGUACGCUACAUUACGGCUUAGAAAAUGCGGCGAGAUCUAGUGAAAGAGACAAAAGAGCCUCGCAGCUGUACAGAGGGACGUGGCCCGGCGAACGAGACAUUUGGACCGGCCACGACUCCGCCAGCGUCCGGAGUUUCUCCAGCAACGGCUCGGCCGACGGACACCGGCCCUCCUCCAAUUUGGAUAACAAAAUGGACUGCGUCAUCUCUCUCAUCUCCCUUCUUAGCUUAUCGCCAGAGAACAACGCCGACCUGAGCGGACCUUUACUAGAAAUGAGCAGAUCAGUAGAAAGCUGUAUCGCAAUGAGACAAGCCGGCUGCAUACCCUUACUAGUGCAACUGAUCCACUCUAAAGUACCUAGAGAGACGCGAGACCGCGCCGCAAAGGCGCUACGGAACAUAAUCCACACUCAAACCGAUGACAAAGCCGGCAGACGAGAAGCGAGAGUCUGGAGACUACUCGAACAAGUCAGAGAAUACUGCUACAUCUUAGAAGAUGUCGUAGAAAACCGGAAAGAAGGGAAAGAUGUUAUUGAAGACGAUGGAACUAAGCAUCCAAGUCAAAGCGUGGCUGCAUUGAUGAAGCUGUCCUUUGAUGAGGAGCAUAGGCACGUGGUGUGCCAACUAGGUGGUCUACAAGCUCUUGCGGCGUUAGUGAGUGGAGACCAAGCAGCCCACGGGAGUAGAACCGAUGAUAACACGUGCUUGACGAUGAGGAAGUACGCUGGCAUGACGCUGACGAACCUGACGUUUGGUGAUGGCAACAACAAGUCGUUGUUAUGCUCGUUUAAAGAAUUCAUGCUGGCGUUGGUGGAGCAACUGGAGUCGCCCAAUGAUGACAUGAGACAGGUAACCGCUGCCGUACUGCGUAACUUAUCGUGGAGAGCGGACACCAGCAGCAAGCAGGUCCUACGAGAAGUCGGAGCCGUGAAGGGCCUCACCAAAGCGGCCAUGACGUGCCAAAAGGAGGCCACCCUCAAGUCUGUACUCUCUGCUCUUUGGAACCUCACCGCCCACUGCUCCAUGAACAAGGUCGCCUUGUGCUCCGUCGACGGGGCUUUAGGGUUCCUCGUCGAUAUGCUUAGCUACGACUCCCCCACCAAAACCCUCGCCAUCGUCGAGAACGCCGGCGGCAUCAUGCGGAACGUCUCCAGCCACAUCGCUGUCCGCGAAGAUUACAGGCAAAUUCUCCGCGAGAGAAAUUGCUUGAGUGUCUUACUGCAGCACUUGAAGUCCCCCAGUCUCACCGUCGUGAGCAACUCCUGUGGAACGUUGUGGAACCUCUCCGCGCGCUGCCCGCAGGACCAGCAGUUCCUAUGGGACCACGGAGCCGUGCCCAUGCUCCGCAGCCUCAUCCACUCCAAGCACAAGAUGAUAGCCAUGGGCUCCGGCGCGGCCCUCAAGAACCUCCUCAACUCCAAACCGGGAAAGACACACAUCAUCUCGCUAGACAGCACAGCGAGAACCAUGAACCUGCCUGCUCUGCCUACACUUGGAGCUAGGAAACAGAAGGCCCUCGAACAGGAGUUAGACCAGAACUUAGCCGAAACGUGUGACAACAUCGAACCGGCGACCUCCCCCACUACAAGCAACAGGGACGAGAAGAAUCUCUUCACGGCCACCGAGCGGCAGAUCGCCAUGAACCUCAACAGAAUGUCCUCGAGCUCGCCUUUAAUGGGAACUCUGACCUCACAAAUUUCACUCAGCCACAGCGCGCAUCUCGCCAGUUACCUCAGCUGCAGUAACACGUUGCUAAAAGGCGCUUUAGUCACUCGAUCCACCACAGGAAGCUCUACUAACGUCAACCGUUCCGACAGCAAGGAUUCCGUCACGAGCGCUCAUUCCGACACAGUAUUCGAAAGGGUUAUGCGCACUGGAAAAGUCCCCGUACCAACACCAAGAAACAAAGACUUGAUGAAGAGUGAAACAGGCGGCGAAGCGUUUAAAAUGGCCUCCAAACCUUUAGCCAAAGACGGUUUCCUGCGAUACCCAACUCAACCCCCGAUACCACCACCAAGAACGACCGACAUGAGAACCAAUUACACAGAGUCUGGUUAUGACGUCGAUCAAGACUCUUGCGACCAGCCUAUAGAUUUCAGCAGAAAAUAUUCGGAAACUAAAACGAACGAGCCGGAUCCGUCUUUAGCUGAAGGCAAACCCAAAGCUACGAAAAAAUACAAGAAAGACAGUCCGAGCACCUUCGGAGACUACCAAGAGACCGAUUUAGACCAGCCAACGGAUUAUUCCCUCCGCUACGCUGAGCACCAAUCAGAAAACGGUUCAGAUAUCUCCGAGCCUGCCGGCCCGUCCGUCCACGAGGACACUAUCAAACACUUCGCCACUGAGGGCACUCCGUACGAAACCCCCAUCAUUUUUUCCACCGCCACCUCCAUGUCUGACCUUAGAGUCAUAGGCAAAGAUGGGAAACCAAAAUCAACACCAAGCGUGAAAGAAAACCCUGAAGUCAUGACACAUUCGGAUGAAAAGGAUACUUGCUCUAUAGAAGAUCCUCCGAGACACGAUAACGACAGAGCGAUAGUUACUCCCCAAAACCCUGAGCCGAUCCCUGAGAAGCGAAGUGUGUUUGACACGAAGUUCAGUUCAGGGAUGAUAAGUCCAGAGAAACCAGUGAACUAUUGCGACGAGGGUACUCCUGGGUACUUUUCUCGAGUUAGUUCAUUGAGCAGUUUAGGAGAGCCUACAGAAGAAGACAGUUUGGCGAAGAAGAAUGCAAUGGCUACUAUUAACGUAGAGCCGAGCGUUCAGGACCAAAGCGCCAGCUCUUCGAAGGAUAAAGAAGGUUCAAAAGCGGUAACAUUCGCAACGGACCCAGUAGCAGUAAGCUCACAACCUUCCACGCCAGGCCGCUUCGUAGAAGACACCCCGCUCAUGUUCUCUCGCUCGUCCUCUCUGGGCUCGUUGCCUGAGGCAGACGAGCAGCCGGACCAGGGUUCAGUGCUGUCUGAAGUCAGGUCAGUUCAACACACAAUGGACCCAGUAGCAGUAAGCUCCCAGCCGUCCACAGACACCCCGCUCAUGUUCUCUCGCUCGUCCUCUCUGGGCUCGCUGCCUGAGGCAGACGAGCAGCCGGACCAGGGUUCGGUGCUGUCUGAAGUCAGGUCAGUUCAACACACAAUGGACCCAGUAGCAGUAAGCUCCCAGCCGUCCACAGACACCCCGCUCAUGUUCUCUCGCUCGUCCUCUCUGGGCUCGCUGCCUGAGGCAGACGAGCAGCCGGACCAGGGUUCGGUGCUGUCUGAAGUCAGGUCAGUUCAACACACAAUGGACCCAGUAGCAGUAAGCUCCCAGCCGUCCACAGACACCCCGCUCAUGUUCUCUCGCUCGUCCUCUCUGGGCUCGCUGCCUGAGGCAGACGAGCAGCCGGACCAGGGUUCGGUGCUGUCUGAAGUCAGCCGGCUGACGUCGGGCUGCAUCUCGCCGAGCGAGAUCCCGGACUCGCCCGGCGCGCCCGCCUCGCCGCGCUGCGCAGACCCCGCCUCGCCCCCGCCAGUAUGCGAACCGGAGUUGGACACCCGCGACGGUCGCGAAGUGUCUGUGUUUGAGGAGCGCACUUCGCAGUUC